AUGCAGUUGGUAGAUGGUGAUACUCCUGCAUUGGUAGCUGGCAAUGCUGAGGACAAUGAUACAGUCGCCUCACCCAACUUGGAGGCUACUAAGAACUUAGGACAGGGCACGGACACCACACCAUCGCUAAUGCGUGGUCUAAUUAAUUCACUACCACCUCGCUGGGCCAACUGGGUGGUGCGAAGUUUCACCACAUUUCUUCUGAUCAGCGUCUUCAGUAUUGUUAUAUACAUGGGCCCGCUGGCCCUAGUCCUAUUGGUGGCCACGUUAGGCCGAUUAAGCAUAUUUAGUGUUACCUACAAGAACCUGAGAUUUGGUGAAAGUAGCCAGUUGUGA